CUUAUUUUAUUACUAUCAUCUUGCAUCAGCCUGUAUAAGGAUAAAAAAGCAACUAUCAACGUUCAAGCAUCCGAUAAGGUUACGAUUGGACAUUGAACAUUUGCUAAGAAUGUUGCAAAAACUUUUUACAUAACGUAGUGUGUUUAAAAACAAACGAACAAUAAUAAUAUUAUAAAACAAACAAAAGUGCUAUUAAUUUGUGAAUUUCAAAUACGUCAAGUGUAAAUAAACAAAUACAUUUGGAUCUAUAACAUGUAAAAUAUUUAUCAGAACUAUAAUAAAAAUUGUUCAAUUGUUUAAAAGAAAUUAAGUGAAAUAUCGAAAUUAUAGAGUGAAAGUGUAGUUUGACAUUUGACAUAAACUUAUCUACCAUAGAGUAGUUGUGUUUUUUGUGACAAAACCGAACACGACAAUACCGGUUUUUUAUGUGAAAUAUUUUUCAAAAAUUAACAAAAAUGAGAAAAGUAGACGAAUUAAGAUAUAAAUUUCAAGAAAAAUUAAAAGAUGGCGUACCUAAUCCUCCAGGUGAAUUCGACACAAAGGACAUAGAAAGAGUUAAAGACGAUAAAUAUAUGAAUAGAAUUAUAGAACAUUGCGAGGGUAACGUUGAAUUAAGUUUAAAAAUGCUUUGGUCAACGUUAAUAUGGCGGAAGAAUAAUAAUAUAAAUAAUAUAAAAGAAACAGUUAACAUGGAUUAUGUUAGAGAAGGUUUAUUUUUCCCUAGAGGAAGAGAUAUAGAUGGUUGCUUGAUAUUUAUUUUAAAAUGGAAAUUAUAUAAUAAAGGAGUAAAAAAUGUUGAAGAAUUGAAAAAAGUUGUUGUAUAUUGGUUGGAAAGACUUGAGAGAGAAGAAUCGGGGAAACCAAUAACUGUUUUCUUUGACUUAGAUGGAUGUGGUCUUAAUAAUAUAGAAGUUGAAGUAGUCGCUUAUAUGAUAACAUUAUUAAAAAAUUAUUACCCAAAAUUUGUUAAUUAUAUUAUAAUUUAUCAAAUGCCCUGGAUUAUGUCAGCUGGAUAUAGAAUUGUGAAAGGAUUAUUACCAGCCAGAGCUGUUGAAAGAUUAAGAGUCAUAAAUAAAGAAAAAAUGAAAGAUAUAAUCCCACUAAAUCAAGCAUUAAAAUGUUACGGUGGUACUGAUAGUUAUGAAUUUGAAUUUGUUCCAGAAAGAAAUAACGGUAACAAAAGAGUUAAAUUCGUUGACGUUAACGCUAUUGUACCGGUUAUUCAAAUAAUCCCAAACGAUUAUCUAACGUUUACCAUAGACAAUAACAGUUUGAAAUCGGAAUUAACUGUUAUUAAUCCGAAUAACGUUAGAAUAGCGUUUAAAAUACGAACAACUGGACCGGAAAAGUUUAAAGUGAAACCAACUUCAGGGAUUUUAUCUUCGAAUGGAAUGCAAAAAAUAUUAAUUACAAUUUUAUCAGGAUUUGAUUGUAACGUAGCUGUAAAAGAAAGAUUUCUGUUUUUAUCUACUUGUAUAGAUGAUGGUUUAACACAGAAACAAAUAGACGAAUUAUGGCAGAAUCCGAAAGCUAAAAUCAAUGAACACAGAUUAAAAUGUAAACUUUCGGUUGAAGAAAACACGGAACGAAAAUCUACAAUGAUAGAUUCAAUGGACAAGCUAGAUAGAAAAUAUUUUUAUUUAAUAAAGAGUGUUGAUGUUUUAAAAUCAUUAGAGAUUUUAACACUCGCUUUUAGUAUAGUUUUAGUUGUUUUUGGAUAUCUUUUGUAUAAUAUGACACGAAAGGUACAUUGUGAUGUUAUGUAAGGGAAAGAAAUCUAUUUUUCUUAGUAGUCUAAAUAUUAAUAAGUGCGAAUCUUUAGAUAGAUGGAUGGAUGUUUGUUUGAAGGUAUAUCCGG